UUCUAGGUCUUGUCCUCCAGGGUGGCGUUCACCUCUUCCCCGGAACCUUAGGGUCUCCCGCUGCGGUUCCGGUCGGAAUUACGCAGUGUCGCACGCCAACAUGGCUGCGCUGGCACUGAGAGGUGUUCGGGAGCUGCUGAAGCGUGUGGAUUUCGCGUCGGUUCCGCGGAGACAUCGACAUAAAAAGAAAUGGGCUGCCACAGAGCCCAAAUUCCCCGCUGUUCGACUGGCUCUGCAGAAUUUUGACAUGACCUACAGUGUGCAGUUUGGGGAUCUUUGGCCAUCAAUCCGUGUCAGUCUCCUCUCAGAGCAGAAAUAUGGUGCGCUGGUUAAUAACUUUGCUGCUUGGGAGCAUGUGAGUGCUAAGCUGGAGCAGUUGAGUGCCCGGGACUUUGUGAAUGGAGCUAUCUCCCACUUGGAAGUGGAACCUGAGAGUCGUCAAUCUGCAGCUCCAACCUCAACAUCCUGGGCCUGCAGUCCGAACCUUCGAUGCUUCACUUUUGCCAAAGGGGAUGUCAGCCGCUUCCCUCCUGCCAGAUCCGGCAGCCUGGGUGUCAUGGACUACUAUCUGAUGGAUGCUGCCUCCUUGCUGCCUGUGCUGGCACUCGGCCUGCAGCUGGGGGACACUGUACUUGACCUGUGUGCAGCCCCUGGGGGAAAGACACUAGCAUUGCUUCAGACUGGUUGUUGCCGCAAUCUUGCUGCCAAUGAUCUCUCUACUUCGAGAACAGGCAGACUUCAGAAGGUCCUUCACAGCUACAUACCUCAAGAGAUCAGGGAUGGGAAUCAAGUUCGAGUCACCUCAUGGGAUGGCAGGAAAUGGGGAGAACUGGAAGGGGACACCUAUGACCGGGUGAGUGAUUCCUGA